AGCGUAGUGCUGCUGCUAGGCAGGGGGGUUACGCUGCGUCAGAGGCGUAAGUCAUCUUGGUGUAUAGGAGGCGGAUGAGUGAGCUGUUUUGAGAAGCUUUCGGUUUUGCGAGCAGGCUGUACCCGCUGUGAGAAUGAGCUACGACAGGGCCAUCACCGUCUUCUCCCCGGACGGACAUCUCUUCCAGGUGGAAUACGCCCAGGAGGCCGUGAAGAAAGGCUCCACGGCGGUCGGAGUACGAGGAAAGGAGAUUGUGGUACUCGGAGUCGAGAAGAAGUCUGUGGCCAAACUUCAGGAUGAGAGGACGGUGCGGAAAAUCUGCGCUCUGGAUGACAACGUCUUCAUGGCCUUUGCUGCAAACGUCAGUUUAUGGAACGCUAUUGAACGUGUCGUUUCCUUUGCAGGUCUCACAGCCGAUGCAAGAAUAGUUAUAAAUCGGGCACGGGUAGAGUGUCAGAGCCACAGACUGACGGUGGAAGACCCAGUGACCGUGGAGUACAUCACACGAUACAUUGCCAGUCUGAAACAGCGCUACACUCAGAGCAACGGCCGCCGGCCUUUCGGUAUUUCAGCCCUGAUUGUCGGCUUUGAUUUCGAUGGCACCCCUCGUCUCUACCAGACAGAUCCUUCAGGCACUUACCAUGCAUGGAAAGCCAAUGCUAUCGGCAGAGGGGCCAAGUCUGUGCGGGAGUACCUGGAGAAACACUACACGGAGGAGGCUAUCGAGACAGACGAUCUGACCAUUAAACUGGUCAUUAAGGCACUUCUGGAAGUGAUCGUUCAGUCUGGAGGCAAGAACAUUGAACUAGCGGUUAUGAGGCGAGACCAGCCACUGAAGAUCCUGAGCCCAGAUGAGAUUGAGAGGUACGUGGCAGAGAUUGAAAAAGAGAAGGAAGAAAAUGAAAAGAAAAAACCGAAGAAGACGACUUAACGUGACAUUGUGUUCUAUUCAGUCUGCAUUAAGGAACGGCCUUGUAAUAAAAUUUCUUUAUUAAAAUCU